AUGGCUUUAUACAAUGCCGGUAACGAUGUUUCCCUUAACAGUACUACAGACUUAUCAAACGAUAUUCAUAUUUAUGACGAUUUAUCUAUAGUUCCACUAGAAAAGGAUAGUUUUGCAAUAUGCGAACUAUGUGGGCGUGUUGGUCGUCGUGGACAAUUCUAUUCACGUAAUAACAAAUUUUGUUCUUUGAGAUGCCAUGCAAGUAAUUCUAGACGUCGUUACUGUAAUUGGAGAUUUAAGCUAAUGGAAGGAGCAGAACAUAUGGCGGGUCUAAUUCCCUUAGAGCCACUGCCACAGUUACAGCACUGGCAGGCUAACUUUAAUGAUUUACAGGCUGGUCCAAUUAAACAGUCUGCAGCUUUGAUUGCUAAUAGUUAUGAGUGGAAAGAUGAACUUUUUGGCUGUGACUUUCUGGCAGCACCUGUAAGCUUAUUUAAACAUGCUCCAUUACAUGAAAUGUGGGAUAAUACAUUUGAGGGCAUGAAAGUGGAAGUAAAGAAUACUGAUUGUGAAAACUUUUCUGAGAAACUGAAUGAUUAUUUCUGGGUUGCGACAGUGUUAAAGGUCAAAGGAUAUAUGGGGCUUUUACGUUAUGAAGGCUUUGGUAGCGAUGACUCAAAGGACUUUUGGGUUAACCUUUGCUGCUCCGAAGUACAUCCUGUUGGUUGGUGUGCAACACGUGGUAAACCAUUAAUACCACCUCGCAGUAUAGAAGAUAAAUACACGGAUUGGAAAAAGUUUCUUGUAAAACAACUUACUGGUGCUCGAACAUUGCCUGCAAAUUUUUACACAAAACUAAAUGACAGCCUCGUAUCAAGGUUUUCAAUAGGUUCAAUAAUGGAAGUUGUAGAUAAAAACAGGAUUUCACAAGUCAAAGUAGCAAGCGUUUGCGAAAUAAUAGGCAAGAGGUUACACGUCAAGUAUUACGAUAGCUCACCAGAGGACAAUGGUUUCUGGUGUCACGAAGAUUCGCCACUCAUACAUCCGGUUGGUUGGGCCUUUAGAGUUGGUCAUCCAUUAGAUGCGCCUCAGAGUUACUGCCAAAGAGUCGCAGCCGGACGUUACAUCCCAAACGAUACAACACCAGAAAUGUUUUACAAGUACCCUUCAAAUGAACCGCCGCUGUUUUCCGAAGGGAUGAAGUUAGAAGCAAUAGAUCCUCUUAACCUCUCCGCUGUUUGUGCUGCGACUGUGAUGCAAAUAUUAAAUGAAGGUUAUAUGAUGAUACGGAUAGAUUGCUACCCGGCGGAUGCAUCAGGUGCCGACUGGUUUUGCUAUCACCAACGGUCACCGUGUAUUUUUCCCGUCGGAUUUGCUCUUUCCAACAACAUUCCUCUAGUUCCACCGGCUGGAAUGUCCACGGAGCACUUCAGCUGGGAGGCGCACCUGCGCGAGACGGGCGCGCUUGCAGCGGGGCGGGCGCUGUUCGCGGCGCGCGGGCACGUGGUGUCGCACGGGUUCGUGGCCGGCAUGCGCCUCGAGUGCGCCGACCUCAUGGACCCGCGCCUCGUGUGCGUCGCCACCGUCGCCCGGGUCGUCGCCGACCUGCUCAAGGUCCACUUCGACGGCUGGGGCUCCGAGUACGACCAGUGGCUGUGGGCGCACAGCACGGACGUGUACCCCGUGGGCUGGUGCCGCGCCGUGGGCCACCGCCUCGAGGGCCCGCUGCAGCCGCCGCCGCGCGCCGCGCGCCGCGCGCCCCCGCGCCCCGCGCGCCGCCGGCGACGACAGGUGAAUAAAGUUUCAUCUCAACCCCCAAACACAACGGAAGAAAGUUCCCAAAAUUCAGAUAUAGGUGACACUAAGAGUCUUUCUCCGCCCACAAGUGUCUCUGAAGUGUCCACGGAAAUCGAAACGCGAGAAGUGACCGUUAAGAUGGAUGUGGAGUCUGAGACUAAGAUUAGUCACACUAACGAGGAACAAAUUGAAGAGAUCAAUCAGGAGGUUCAUAAGUCGAAUAAUCCAACUGGUGAGUCUCAAGAUUGCAUCCAAAAUAUAAAACAAGAUUCACCAGAGGCUCCAUUGCAAAGUGAAGAUGAUAAAGUUAUACCCAGGCUAGUCAAUACGAGUGUACCCUUAGAUGUUCUAAAUUCAGUUGAUCCUGAAAAUUGGACUUCAGCAGAUGUUGCAAAGUUCCUCACAGUCAAUGACUGUCAACCAUACUGCGUUAACUUUACCAAUAUAACAGGUCCAAUGAUGCUACAAUUAUCAAAGGAUGAAAUAAUUGAACUACUAGAAAUGAAGGUAGGACCAUCUUUAAAAAUAUUUGAUCUUAUUCAACAAUUAAAGUGUAAGAUUAAGCAGCCUCAGUGCAGAUUGCUUGGUAGUUUCAAGUAGUUCAGAGGUUUUCCUAAAUAAAGACUUUUAAUGAUUGUACUAGUUUGAGAUCAUUAUACUGUCUUGUCUAUGUUAUGGUAACUAUCAGAGUGUUACCCUAUUUUAUAACAUAGUAUUUGCACAUUUAGUAUUAAUGAAAUAUUGAAACCAAAUCAAAUAAGAAAUGUGUAAAUUGUUUGAUAAAAAUCAU